AUGCAUUCUGGGAUUACUCGUAGUCCUGAGUCUUCGUCCCUUCCUAGAGACCCAAGACAGGCGCCGCCUCUUUCUCUCUCUGUCCAGGGUCGGCUUGGGUUGACGACGUACUUCCGGCCUGGUUUGUUUUUCUCCCACUGGCGCGCUGGCCGGGGUCGUAAGCUGUGGUGGCGGCGUUUUGGGGGAGACGGUGCCCGCGCGCCCCGCUUUCCGGGAAUCUCAACGGGGUCUCGGGGCCCCGGAGGCUCCGAUGGCGGCGGCCUGCGCGGUGGUGCUGGCGAUGAAAGCAGAAGCGGAGGAGGAAGAGAAGGACCCUGGGUUUGGCGGCACCCCGAAACCUCCCGGAGACGCUUCCGGCAGCUGCUCUCCGGGGACGUGCCCGGCCCGGAGGAGGCGCUGAGCCGCCGGCGGGAGCUGUGCCGCCGCUGGCUGCGGCCCGAGCGGCGCUCCAAGGGGCGGAUGCUGGAGCUGCUGGUCUUCGAGCAGUUCCUCAGCCUCCUCCCGCGCCGGCUGCGGGACCCCGUGCGCCACCGGCGCCCCGAGAGCGGGGAGGGGCGGCGGCCUGGGCGUGCGCCCUGCACCCGGCCUCCCCGUAGGGCACCCCGACUUUCAAGGCCGAGGCUGGAUCCCCUACCCAGGGAGAAUGGCAGCAGCUGGCCUUGGAUCCCCAGAACGGCUCGUGCAAAGAGCGCAGAGGACUACGGGAGCACGGCCGGGCCGGGCCUGGAGAACCAAGCUGCCUGGAAUCCUGACCUGAUCCCAAAGCAGGAGAAGGACUACAAGGAGGAGGCCAAGCUUGCCCAGGCCUGGAUACAAGGCGCGCCCCCGGGGACGGACCUGGACAGGGAAGAGAAACUAUCUAAAGAUGCUGUCCUGCCACCGCCACAGCCCCAGGGUUCUCCAGGAGAGCCAAGGUGCACGGCCACCUUGCAUGUCCCCUGUGGGGUCAACGAGGAAGAGCUUUGGAGAAGUAGAGAGUUGGGGCGCACAGCCAUCUCACAGGUCCCCUGUGGGGCCAAGGAGGAGGGCCUUUGGAGAAGUGACAACUUUGAGGAGGUUGCCACCGCCCCUGCUCUUGCUCAGGAUCAACUUCGCCACUUUUGUGAAGUAGUCCCCACUGGAGAACGAGUUUGCUGUGGGGAGUGGAGCCCAGCUUAUCUUCUCCGUCUGCUACUUUGAGUCUGAAAAGGACUGCCAGGUGUCCAUUUACAAGGUGGACCAGCAGGACAGUCGAAAAUUAUGCACCACUGGCAUCGACGGGGCCAUGAUGAUCUGGGAUUUUAAGGCAACCUGGAAAGCACCAUGGGUGUUAAUAUCCUGAUAGGAGCCACAGGAACCUGGAGGCCACCAUGGGUGUUGAUAUCUUCAUAGGAGCUACAGGUCAAUAGAGAGCGAUUUGUCCCUUUUGUUGGAGCAAGGAAAAUGGCUAUUUUGCUGGGCCAGAACUUUUGCACAAAUUCUUGAUGAAUGCUAUUUUUGUUGACCUGGAGGCCAGCAUUGGUGGCUGAUAUCCUGAUAUCACAGGUUGGUGGAGUGCCAUAUGUCGCUUUUGCCAGAGGCAAGGAAAAUGACUUCUCUUGCAAAUUGAGCCCAUGUUUUAAAACUAUGCACCCUUUGAAAUUUAGUAUGGAUAUCAAUCUUGUAAUUAUCCACUGAAUACCUGUUCUGUUAGGUUGAGAUUUGUCCCAGGAGAAUCCAUAUUUACCCACAUGGAAGCCUAUGAGGAGUUCACCAACGAUGGAAUAUACCGGACCUUGCUAUGCCAAGACUCCAGGAAACUCAGAAGAGACAGAACAAGAAAAAAAAAAAACAAAAAAAAACUACAUACUACAUCUCUCCUUGUUUAAUGAUGUUUUGUUUGUGACUAAUAACCUAUGAGUAUGUCCCUCAUGCCUGCCGUAGUAUUAGAGGCUACACUUUGAUUAGGCUUUACUGUACAAAAAUAAAAUAGUUUUUUGUUA